ACCUAGUGUCCUAGUUCUACAAUAUAUUAUCUAUAAUUAAAUUAGUCGGUCUAUAUCUAGAACUAGAUCUAUCAAUCUAUCUUAAAUAGAUACUCUAGCUAGGACUAGAUCUAGAUCUAGUAGAUGCCUGUGUAAGUGACUAGUCAACUAGUCUAAGUCUAAAAUACUAUAAGACACUAAGUUAGUCUAAACUCUAAGUCGUCUAAGUCAAGUGUGUUUAGAGUUUAGUGUGCACGUAUGCACACGAUGUAAAGGUACCCAUCAAAGUAUAUUGCAGAGGAGUGCAAAACAACACCAAUUAUGGCCUGGUCGCAGGGUCAAGAUAACCAUUCCUUUCUAUCUGGGGGUCUGAUGACCUUGAGAGAGCCACAAAUACGCCCUGAUUCUGAAGGGAAUGUCAGUGCGCAGACUGAAGCAGUCUUUCGGAACUAUAUGUACCAAAGCUAUGAAAAUGAUCUCAACAGAGAAGAUGCUCAGGAUAUUCCUGUUGUUAACGAACUCUUGCAUCUAUCUGAUCCUCCGAGUCCAGAAGCUGACAUAGGUAGACAGUUGGCCAGGUUUGGAGAUAGCAUAAAUGCCAAAUAUGCUGAUGUCUUUGACUCAAUGAUAUCAAACCUAAAUCUAGAUUCAGAUAAUUCAGAAAAUGCUUAUGAAGAUUUUGCUCAAAUAGCAAGGAGAGUUUUAACUACUAAGAUCAACUGGGGAACCAUCUUAAUUCUUCUCAACUUUGGAUAUCGUAUAGCCCUCACAGUCUUGAGGUCAAAGACAUCACAGUUUCUCUCAUUUUUAUCAAGAAUUGUUUCUUAUAUAUGCCGCUUUAUUCUAAGUGAGAGAAUAGCCAAGUGGAUUGCGGAUCAUGGUGGAUGGAGAGCAGCCUUGAGUUACAUUCCACUGAUGUCUUCAAAACCAUUCUGGCUAGUGACUGCCCUGCAGGCUGCUGCUGUCAUUGGCAUCAUCUUCAGUCACAGACUAUGACCUAAAAUGUGUAUAGACAUUUUUCUUUAAGCUAUAUGUGCCCAGUGUUAGGUCCAUGUUUAUUUAUUGUGUAUCUAAAAUUGAAUGUUACUUGACACUGUAUACAGUGUAGCCUUGCAGAAUGCCAUUUAAAAAGUACAGUAAUACUUGCCUUCAUUGUAUGAUGGCCAAGUGGGUAAGGCACUUGGUUGGCAAACUUUGUGUCCUUUGUUUUAAAUACUGUGAUGUCCCCUCCAAACUUGAAUAGAAACUUGACAUAAUCUGUGUACAGCUAGAUCUGUUAGUGCUAGCCACACUACCAAAAAGGGGGAUGACUCGACUACUAUCCGAAGUAAACAUUUAAAACUUAACAUAUCAAAGUGUAAUAAUUUUUUGUUUAAUGUCAUUUAAUUUUUUAGGUAAAAAAAAAAUAAAAAUUUCUAAUUGAUUGUGUAGGGACAUAUGGGAUCAACAUGAAGUCUAUUGUUAACGAAAUCAAGGAAAUAAUUAAUUAUAAUAUGUAGCUUUUGUUCUUGGUUAUCCGCUAAGAUCAUACAGUGCCUAUGUUAGUUUUCUCAAAUAUAAAACUUAAAUGAAACUUAUCAAAUCUUGUGGGCAUUGAAAAUCUCUCUUUUUGUCAUCAGGUCCAUAAGUAUAUAUUUGUACCAGUACUUGGUGGUGAUGUGUUGUUUUUUUUAGGAUAAUAGUCAAAAUAUUGGUAUUUUAAAGUUUUUGACAGUUUAUUAAUAACAAGCCAUAUAUAUUUUGUUUUUAUUUUGUAAUCAUAAUGUUUUAAAAAUAAAUUGUUAUUAACGUUUUGAAUGUUUUUUUUUUUUUGUUCAAUGAUUAUAAAAAUGUUCAAUAUAAACUUGACCACUGCUGGUUUUCUAAGUUUUUGGUUAUUCCGGCUGUUGACAUCAUGUCUGCUGUACUUGUGUUCAUUGUCAAACCGUGUUACUGACUUGAUAGUUUGAUAGCUAUUUAAAAAAUAAUAAUUCUUCAACAAUGGUCACAUUUUGUUUUGAUCAAAUUCAUAUCUUAUUGCUUAUUCAUCAUUUAUUUGUUUUGAUAUGAAAUGAAAUUGAUUUUUCCACUAUAGCGUGCCAAUUUUUAGACUAAUUUUUUUGAAAUAGCCAUAUUUAUUUAACUUCAUAAAAAAACACUAAGCCAUAAGACACACUGAGCCACAAGAUGGAUAGCUCUAGGGUUUUUAAGAAGAAAAAAAUAUUGUGGUUAAAAUGUCUAAUACAAUUUUUGGAUUGCUCUAAAUAUUUUUUGGCUGUUUAAUUUCCAUAUACUUAUGAUUCUGUACAUCUUCCUGUUUCCUUGUUUUUUGUGCUAUGACGUGUGUAGACAGUCAACCAAGAUGGACGAGCUAUAUAUAUAUGGGGGGAGAGAGAUAGAGACACUUGACACUGUCUGAAACAAAAAAGUAAAUUACACGAUGAAACACUUUGGUUCUAUUAGUACUUGAGCAUUCCAUUUCUCUGGGCCUGCCACAGAACACUGAACGCUAAAAUUGUCUAAGUCUUGUGUUGCUCAAAUGUCAAGUUACGUUUGACUUUUUUUUUAAGAUACAGAUUUUUCUAUCCACUGUGAUGUAAAUGAAAUAGUGCAUCUCUUAGUGCAAAAGUGUGUCUUUUGUGCUUUUAGAUUUAUUUUUUUAAUGAAAAAUGCAGUCUAAUUUAGUUGGACUGUGAUGUUAUGAAUUAUCCAAUGGCUGUGUUGAUUUUAGAAUUGGUUUAUCAUUGUAGUAAUUAUCUGGGUGAAAUCAAUUCAUUGUUUAGCAGCAAUGUCUGCAGUAUUUAUAUCUGAAGUCCUUAAGUAAUUUUGUAGCAAAAAGACUGAUGCUAUUUCAGGUCACAAUAAACACACUGCUUAUUUUGCAUACUGGUUUAUAAAAAUGUACCCAAGAAGCUGCUUUGAAAAUUAUUUUUGUCCUUACAAUUGUGGUAGACAUUGUAAAUGAAUCAUGAAUAGGUUAUAAAUCUGGGUUUUGAAAGAUAAUUGUUUAAAUCUCCUUCACAUUUGCAUCAGAAAAUUUAUAUUUCCUAGACUGAAGUUUCCUUUUGCCAAUGUUGCCCUGGCAGCUAUUACUAAAGCAUGAAAGUGUAUAUCUGUUUCUUUCAUUUCUUGUUGAAGAUUCAUGUCAAAACAUCAGAUUAUGCAACUUUAUUAAAUACCGGUACAAGUGAAAUUACACAAUUGAACUAAACAGUUUAAUGUUUCACUGCAAAUAAAUGUUUCUAUAUUUAGGUGUUAAUGUAAUGUCAGAUUGUCAUUCCAUUGAAAUUAUUUUUAAGUCUUAAGUUUAUUGUAUAGCUUGGAAAGGAAAUUUAGAAGCCAUUGUAAUGUUUUGUAAAUAAGGUUGUCUAACUUUGUACCCUUAUACUUUUUAUAGAGCAUGACAUAGAGCCUAAUCCAAUGUUUGUGGAGGCAAGCCGGUUGAUAUAUCAAACUUCUAACCUUUUGUAUUUUGAAAUACUUGUGAUUUAAAGAUGAAAUUAUUUUGAAGUUAAAGAAUAAAAAAUUUUGUAUCAUUCCUAAACAAA